GUUGUAUCAAUUUUUAAAAUCUCUAUCUUGUAUUUAUUUUCUUUCUAUUUUAUAAAGAUUAUGUAGAAAAGCAAAGAUAAUAUGAUAUACACAGUCUAUACCAUGACAGAUAAUUUAUUGAGAGGAUAAACAUACAUAAAUGAUUAAUACAACGUAUUUGUGGGUCACAGAGAUAGGAGAUGUAAGGGUCAUCUUUUGACUUCCAUGAACUCAGUUCAUUUUAGUUGAGUUACGAUCACAUACAUCAUGAGUAUUACAGAUAACAAUUUUGUUAAAUAUUUUCUUGCAUGGAAACUAAGAAGAAUUUUUGUUAUUAUAUUACUAUGCAGCAUACAACCAAUAUACGGUUUAUUUACCCCAGAAAAGGAAUAUAGAUAUUUGUAUAAUGCUACUUCUAGUUCAGGUGUCUUAUUACCAUCCAGUGCUACAUCUUCAUGGGGUUUAAAUGGAAUACUUAUAAUUCAAGCAAGAGAAAAUGUUGCAGUAAUGCAGUUUCAAUCGUUAAAAAUGAAUAUCUGGAAUGGAAAAAUUGGAGAAAAAGGAGAAGAUAUAGAUAUUAACGAAAGUGCUGAAGAUCUUUUAAUGCCUUUUGAAGUCACAUAUAAAAUGGGACUUGUAGAAAAUUUCACUAUACAAAAUGAACCUGUUUGGGUUACAAAUAUAAAGCGCAGUAUAGUAGGAAUAUUACAACUGGAUCUCUCUACUAUUGAAAAGGAAGCAGCGUUCCAUUCUAUGGAAAUAAACCAUUAUGGUCAAUGCAACAUAGAAUAUGUUGUAAGUAGUGAGAACGAUAAUGAAAAAAUAAUUAGAAAAUCUUUAGAUCCACGGACUUGUAUUGGUCAACCUUUUCGAUUUUGGACCAAUGUUCCAAGAAUGCAAUGUCCUCAUUCUGAACAAGAUCCCAUUUUAAAAUCUAGCGAACGAUUAUAUUAUGUGAGAUAUAAUAACACUGUACAAGAUAUUUUAUAUAUUAAUGCAACAGGAGGAAUUUAUGUACAACCAUUUCAAAGUUUUGGCGAAGCACAUUUUUAUUUUUCAAGGCAGAAUCUUCGAUUAAUUACUGUACAAGACACAGUGAAUCAAAUUUCAUUGUACAAUCCACAUACUGUAACUUUGCAACAUGAAUUGCCAGAGGAAGAUUUGACACAAGGUAGAGGAGUACUUGAUAAAGAUAGUAUUUUUAAAGUUAUAGGAAACUUAUUAGAUCGAUUAAGCCAAACACUUGAGACUCCUGGUUUAGAUACUGAAACAAAUAAUCUACAUAACACAACUAUUUCUAUUCUUCUCUAUUAUCUUGGAAUGUUAGACCGUACUGAUUUAGAAAUCGCAUACAAUAAUAUUUCAGGAACUAGUUACAAAGAAGAAACAAUACGGAAUAUGUUUUUGGAAGCACUUCCACAAAUUGGAAGUAAAGACUCUGCUUUGUUUAUAUUUGAUUUAAUUCAAAGUCAUAAAGUAUCAGAUAUAAUAGCAAUACAACUUCUAACUCAAUUACCAUUUCAUAUUAGGAAGCCAGAUGUACAAUUAUUAGUAACUUUACGACCACUUCUAAGUUUAGAAAGAGAAAUUUCUACAGAAAUUCAGAAUACUGCCAUUCUUUCAUAUGGUACAUUAAUUUAUAAAAUAUGUCUUGUAUACUGUUCGUACGAAAUACUUGACGAUUACGUACGUUUCUAUCUUGAUAAAUUUACAGAAAGUACUGAGUAUGAAAAAAAAAUGAUAUGGUUGGAAGGUUUGGCAAAUAUACAAUUAGGAAGAGUAGUUGAAUUUUUGGAAUCUAUAGCAAGUGGGAAAAAUGCAGAAUCACGUCAUUUUCGUGUACUUGCAGCUUGGGCAUCUCUCCCAUCUGCACCUUUAAGACCAGAAAUUAUAUAUCCUGUGUACUGGCCAAUGUUGGUAAAUAAGACCGAGCAUUUAGAAAUGAGAAUAGCUGCAUUGACAUUGUUAAUUGUUUCUAAUCCAACACCAAGUAGAUUAAUAUCCUUAUAUUGGUAUAUGAAAACUGAACCAAAUCUACAUUUAUAUAAUUAUUUUUAUACAACCCUAAAAUCUAUGGAGCAGACAACAUAUCCCUGUUAUCUUCACAUGGGAAGUAUAGCAGCACAAUUUACACGUGUACUUCGUAAACCAUCUAAUAAUAAAUUAUUACUAACUGGUAAUUAUCUGUUCGACUAUAAAGAUACAUACAGAAAAUUUGGAGCCAUGCUUCAUGGUAUUGUUAUAGCAAAUCCAGCUACAAAUAUACCAGAAGCAAUGUAUGUUACUUUGAAUAAUUAUGGGAGUGGUACUACUAUAAAUCAUGUAUCUUUGUAUAUCAAAGCAGAAGGUCUUCUACAUUCCUUAUCAACUUAUCUUGAAAAUCCAACACAAGUUAAAGAUAUACUGAAUCAAUAUAAAUUAGAUAGAAAAGAAAUUGCACCAGUGCAUUUAGAAAUAAUUGCACAAGUCCAACAAAAGACUGUUUUAUGUUUACAUUUAAAUCAUACAAAUAUUGCAAAAAUUGUUCAAUAUUUAGCUUCGUUACCUGAUAAUAUAUAUCAAAUCUACCAAAAUACAGAAUUUCAUAUUAAUCAACAACGAAUCAAUAUCCCUAUAACUAUGGAAUCAGUACAAGUAACAGAUAUGGGUACAAAUGUAAGACUUAGCAUGACAGCAACAUCAUUAUUUUCAAUGAGAGGAAAUUUUAUACAUUCAGAUAUUGGACGUAAUAAUCAUGUUAUAUUAAGAACGUCCAUUCAUGGAAGUGAAAUAAUUGAAAAUUAUAAUCCAUUGGUUGAUUUGUGGCAUGCAGCAGAGAGAGCACAAUCUAUCCAUGGAUAUCUUCCUAUUAAUAUUACGAUUGGAUUAGAUGAGAGACCAUUUAUCACAUAUAAUACACCAGGAGAACAUUUUAAAAUGGGAGUUGUUGCUCAUGUGAGAACAGUUACUCAUAUAAGAGGAACUAAAACCCAAACAAAGUUAAAAGCUAUUUGUCCUAAUUGUCCGAUAUCAUAUACAGUUAGAAGAGAAUUACCAAUAAAUAAAUUGAAGACAAUAAAUUUAUUUGAAUUUGGAUUCCCUGAGUUGGGAGGAAAAGUACUCACGAAACUUUUUGAUUGUGAAAGUGCAAUAUCACGAGAAAAAGUAAUAACAGAUAUAUUAUCAUCCCACCAAGCUAAUUACCAGAUUUGGCCAGGCAUGAAAAUAGUUUUGGCAGCAGUACAUCUUUUAGAUUAUUUUACAUAUGUACCACCAAAAGGUAGCUGUGGAUUAACUGUUUAUGUAGAACCAUUUGAUGCAUUGGUGCAAACUCAAGUAAAAUUUGAAUAUGUAAAAAAUAAUAGACAUCACAUGAUAUCUUUGACAAAUCGUGAACUUAAUUCUCAACGUGUUUUAUAUCAAUGGAAUUUAGCUGCUCUUUAUGAUACUACUAGUUGGAUUUCGGACAGUCUUAAAAUCAAGGCAACUAAAAUUACAUCUGAUGAAAAAAUUAUGAAGUUUUGUAUAGAAGCUGAUAGAGAAAUGGAUUGGGAAUGGGACUUUUUAAAUGUAAAUCCUCCUUCUCCUUCCAAAUUAAAAUUAGUUCUUGUUUGGGGACCAUCUGAUACUGCUAAAGGUAAAUGUAGUGGUUCGUCAAUCAUAUUAAAUUUGGUUGGUGAAGUUAGUAAAGCACAAGUUGAAGAAAGUCAAAAAGAAAAAUGGCCUUAUGAUCAAUGCCGUAAAGAGUUAAAAAAAAGAAAUUACGUUCCAUACACUGAUACUUGUUAUGAAGCUUCGAAGGAAUUAUCUAUCUUAAGAAAGUAUCAAUUUUUUUUUAACUACGAAAACUUACCAGAGCCACUGUCAAAAAUCGUGUGGAAGUUAAGAGCCGUAUAUGAACUAUUUGGUGGGAACAGUAAUUAUACCAAUAAUUCUGGGCAAUUUCUUUUAAGUGCAGUCUUUCCUAAAAAUUCUGACAGUAGUGAACUGGAAUUAGAUUCGAAUAAAGUGACUAUACAAUAUGAUUCUAAUUUCAUUGAAAAUUUUUUAAUACGAACACGAAUCCAUAGAUAUAUGGAUAGUGUUCUUUUUCAUUCAUUUUUUAGCACAUGUAUUAUAGAACCAAAUAUUGUACGAUCAAUUUACAAUACCACAAUUGUAUUUAACUCACAUAAAAAUAUAUUAUUACUUGGUCAAUGCUAUGAUGAUAAUCCAAGAUUUGCUCUUAGAGCUUCAAAAAAUAAUGUAAUAGAUGUAUUUAUUACUGAUGAGACAGGUACUAUAAAGAUAAUUCAAUAUUUCAAUGGUGGACGUGUAUAUAAUGCUACAUCACAUGUACCAUUAGAAAAGCACGUAUUCCAAAAAUUUGGAUCUAAAUGGAUAAAAUUGCGCGAUGAAUCUGUUGACAUAUUGUUUCCUAAUAUUCUUUUAUUUAUGCAUUGGACGCAAAAACAAGUUUUACUUUUGUUUCCUACUUAUUUAACCGAAUUCAGUUGUGGUAUGUGUACAGUUAAUAGUUCUAUUACAAAUAAUUUUUAUGAAGAAUUAUAGAGUGAUUUAUAAUUUUAUUUAUAUGGAACAAAAUAUUAUAUAUUAUAUAAAUACAAGAAUAUUAUAAAUUGCUCUUAAUGUUCUAAUGUAAAUAUUAUGAUGUAUGUUAAUAUAUUAGAGUACAAAACAGAAUGGUAAUUAUGUUGUAUAUCACUCAAUAUUAAAUAUAUUUUUAAGAUUAAAU